UGUUGUUUCCGUAACAUACAUUAUGGCCGCUGUAGCAUUGGUGCAGGGUGCUAGCAGGGGUCUGGGGAUUGAGUUUUGCAAAUAUCUACUCCUUAAUAAAGCUCCAGCCGCCGUGAUCGCAACAUGUAGAAACCCGGACCGCGCAGAGCAUCUGUCAGCUCUAGCCGCGCAGCAUCCGGGCAGAAUGACUGUCCUGAAACUAGACGUCAACAGGGAGGAGGACAUCAAGAGCAUGGCUGAAAGUGUCAAAUCUGACUUUGGGAAAGUGGAUUUGCUUAUUAAUUGUUCAGCUAUGCUUCAUCCGUCGGGUAAAGGAGAAACGAGUUUACGAGACGUGUCCGCUCAGGGAAUCAUUUCUACUUUGACCACAAAUACUGUGGGUCCACUGGUGAUGGUAAAGUAUUUUGCCCCAUUGCUGCAGAUGGGAACAGGAGCAUUUGGCCAACAGCCCCAAGAGAAAGCAAAACAACACAGUGGAAUCAUUGUUAACAUGACCGCUAAAGUGGGAUCAAUAGGCGACAAUGCUCUCGGAGGUUGGUACAGCUAUAGGAUGUCUAAAGCUGCUUUAAACAUGGCCACUAGGAACCUGUCCAUCGAGCUUGGUCGAGGACGGGGUAAAAUUGUGUGUGUGUCCCUGCAUCCUGGAACUGUAGAUACGGAUUUGUCUCGGCCAUAUCACCGAAAUGUUCCCAAGGACAAGCUGUUCAGCACUGAGAACUCUGUACAAUACCUAAUGAAUGUCAUAGACAGCUUAAACAUUGGCAAAACAGGGAAAGCUUAUGCAUGGGACGGUACAGAAAUUCCCUGGUAAACAAUUUGAUCAAAAAGAGAAGUCUGUGUUUUUUUAAGUUUGUGGUGUAAUGUAAGGUGGCAGUGGAAAAACAUAUGAAGAUUACAUUUGUUAAUGUAUAAUCACUCACUGUACAGAACUGCAUGUUCUGGAUAUCUUUCAUUGUGUCCAGCAGAACAUAUUGAUUUAUAAUGUACAGGCUUGCGACAAGCUGGGGGUGAGUUAGACUUUCUUUUUUUGGCUGAACAAGGGAAUGCCAAAGGGAUCAGCCUCUUGUCAUUUCAAACCUGUAUGGCUUUCUUCUGCUGAAAAAAUAUAUAUUUUGAAGAAAGUUUGUAACCAAACAGUGCCGGCACCCAUUAACUUCUUCUGUAUGUACACAAAAUUAAUGCAAGUGAAUGGGGCCAUUUAACGACAUUCUUUAAAAUAUCUUCUUUAGUGUUCAGCAGAAGAAAGCAAGUCAAACAGGUUUGAAAUGACAAGUAAAUGCUGACAGAAUUUUUAUUUUUGGGUGAACUAUCACUUUAAGUCUGUUUAUUAAAAUAGCAAAUUUUGUUUUAUGGUGUAACUAACAAUAAAAUCAAUUUAAAAAAAAUGUGUUCUUGAUUUGUUUGCUUU